AUUUAAUAAAGGUUACCUGUACUAAAACCGCACAACAUGCACGCUCUUUCUAACUCUGAUAAUGGAGAAUACCCCGUAGUGCUGGAAUAAGGCCAAGGAUAACUUGAAUCGAAAUGGAAAACUUUGUGAAUUCAUGUCCCCAGAACGCUACAGAGGUAAAGGAAUCCUCCGCCAGGAUAGGCUGUGGUAAAGACAAGUAUGGGAACGAUCAGUACAUCUGUGUUUCUAACAGAAACAAAACAGGGUUAUUAGAACUAUGUUAUAAUGGUGUCAUGGAAUUGAUACAGAGAGGCAACUGUUUGGAAACUGACGGCGAAAAGCUUUAUUACGUCGAUUGUCUUGGAUUUUCAUCAGGUUGUCCUGUCGAAAAUUAUCAAAGCAACACAAUAUACCAGUAUCCUGCUUGUCAAAGCAUCAAUACUGAACAACAAUGUUAUCUUGCUGAAGUCUCAUGUCCGAACAGCACAAGGAAUGAUGUUACAACUAGAGGGACCACAGAAACAUCUUUGCUAGGCUUAUCAACAAUCCAUAAUACCUACAACACAACACUCAAUAGUUUUGAGAACAACCUCUCGCAAGAGGAUCACGACGCUACAGGGAUUAUUGUUGGAAGCCUGGUUGCCGUUAUGUUUAUUACUAUUUUGGUACUGGCUGCUGUCCUUUGGAAACGGAAAAGAAAACAGAAUGACAAGAAGCACAUAUCUAUUUCAGCUGGUGAAUCAGAAGAUGCUGAGAUCAGAAUCCAUCAAGGAGAGAUUAUUUCUGGAGUUUCAGAAUAUAAGCGACCUUUGCUGACACAUACAGAUCCAUCUGAUGGUAAUGAUUUUUUGAAAUUUAUUUUUAUUUAG